AUUUAUCAUCACCAUUACUAUCAUUACCACAAUAUAUAACAGUCUCUGACACAAGUUGUUCCCUUUCCCUCUAAGAAUAUAACCUAAACCAUUUUAGUUUUAGUUUCAUAUCUUAUGAGACAACAUUCCUGCAACAUCACAUAUUCUAUUUGUAUCCUUCAAAAUUUACAACACUACAAAAAAUGAAGCAAAUAAAAACAAAGAGCAAACAAGAAAAUCAUGCAGAUGAACCUGAAACAGAACCUGUAUCUCCAACAGGACAAUACUUAAACAGCAAAGCCUUAUAUUCAUGUAUUCUAGCCAUCCUAGAAUCUGAAAUCCCCAUUGAUGAAUCCUGUGCAAUACCUCAACUUCGAGACGUUUUCCUUCCUAUUAACCCCAGAUUUUCAUCUAUUAUGAUAUCUGACAAGAAAGGUGUAAGACUAUGGAAGAAGGUGAAAAUAAACCUCAAAGAUCAUGUUAUCAUUCCCAGAUUCCCAGAAAACCUAUCAACUGAAUCAUACGACGAUUUCUUCGACGAAUAUCUGACAAAACUCAGCUCAGAUCAACUACCACAAGAAAGGCCAUUAUGGGAACUUCACAUAAUAAACUGUCCAACAAGUAAAGCACCUGGACAUAUGAUCUUCAAACUUCACCAUGCACUUGGUGAUGGAUACUCUCUAAUGGGUGCACUUCUUUCAUGUGUGAAAAGACAAGAUGAUCCUUCACUUCCUUUAACUUUCCCUUCAACUAGAGGGAAGUUUUCAGAAGUUAAGAGCAAUGAUACAAUGAGAUGUAUGAGGUUGAUUACUGGAACUUUGUGUGCGAUUUACAAAGGAGUUUUUGAUUUUGGGUGGAGUUUUAUGAAGAGUACUUGUAUUGUUGAUGAUCAAACACCUAUUAGGUCUGGGAAGAAAGUUCCGGUUUUUAAUCCUCUCAAAGUUUCAACUCUUGCAUUUUCUCUGGAUCAGAUCAAAUUAAUCAAAACUAAACUUGGCACUACAGUAAAUGACACAAUUUCAGGGAUAAUCUUCCUGGGAACUCGACUCUACAUGCAAGAAACUCAUACAGAAUUCUGCAAUUCGCGAUCUACAGCAGUCAUGAUGCUCAAUACCAGGGUUAUAAGAGACUACAUGUCAGUCAACGAAAUGAUCAAUGCAGAUACCAAAAUAUGGGGAAACAAGUUUUCUUUUUUACAUAUAGAACUUCCUAAAUUAAUCAAUGGUGGAUUUUCUAACCCUCUUGAUUUCGUCUAUAAAACACGAAAACAGAUCAAGAGGUACAGAAAUUCACCGGUUGUCUAUCUCACCGCGCAAUGCCUGGAGAUUAUAAGGAAAUACAAAGGAUCUGAGGCAGUGGCUGAACACAUACAUAGUACAUCGAGUAAAUCAAGCAUGACAAUGUCAAACAUGAUCGGACCAGUCGAGCAAGUGACGUUAGCUGGUCAUCCGAUAAAAGGCAUGUAUUUCAUGAUUACCGGCACACCUCAGAGCCUGGUAAUAUCAGUUAUGAGCUACUCACGAGCUUUGAGAAUUGGAAUAGGAGCUCAAAAGGGCUUCAUAGACUCAAAGAAGUUGAAUUCAUGCAUCGAGAAUGCGUUCGAGUUGAUAUACGAGGCAGCAAUGAAGAACAAUUAAGGAUUAUCAAACAACCAAAAAUCUUCUACUGAAUGUUUUCUUGUACUGCUUAUAUCGCCAUACGCUUGUAAUAUAUAUAGAAUAUCAUAUAGCUAAGAUAUAACGUAACAUAUAUUGCUGUAAUAGUACGGAGUACAAUAAUUUUACAACUAGUGCAGAAAUUACUACGGAGUAUGCAGUAUGCUUCA